CCGAGGCCGGAGUGGCUCCAGUCCCUGCCGGGGGGCUCCAUGGAGAAGGCGGCGGCGGCAGCAGCAGCAGCAGCGCAGGGCGGCCCCGAAGGCGCGGCAGCCGCGGGCGGAGGUAGUAACAGCAGCAGCCGCAGCAGCAGCCGUCCCACGUCGGCGGGCUCCUCGCCUUGCUCCUCGGCUAGCCGGGGGCUCUCGGGCCGCCAGGCAGGAGCGGCCGGGGCUGCGGCGGGAAGGCUGGACGGAGGCGGUGGCGGCAGCAGCAGCAGCCCCAGUUCGGCCGCGGCCAGUCCCGGAGCGGGCGGCGGAGGGGGACUGACGACGCCCGGCAGGAAGACGGAGCCGGUGCUCGAGGGGACCCUGAGCAAGUACACCAACCUCCUGCAGGGCUGGCAAAGCAGGUACUUCAUGCUAGAUUUUGAGACUGGAAUUCUACAGUAUUUUGUGAAUGAACAAAGUAAAAACCAGAAGCCGCGAGGGCUGCUGUCCUUAGCCGGGGCUGUCGUUUCUCUCAGUGACGAAGCUCCAAACAUGUUGGUAGUAUACUCUGCUAAUGGAGAAAUGUAUAAACUGAGAGCUGGUGAUGCAAGAGAGAGACAGUACUGGGUGACUCAGCUCAGAUCCUGUGCCAAGUAUCACACGGAAGGCAACUCAAAGAGCUCUUCAUCUUCACGAAUGAAAGGCUUGUCUUUGUUUCCUCAUGGAGCAGCCAACUCCACAUUUCUUGGUUCCCAAAAAAACCUGAAUCAGAGCGGACAGCCAGUUGUCACAAUUACACACCACAAAUCUCCUGUGGCAGCCCGAAAAGCCAAGGCACAGCGCUCUGGCCAUCUCCAUGAAGUCAGAGAGAUGAUGAGCCAAGUGGAGGGACAGCAGAAGAACCUUGUGCAAGCCAUUGAAUCCCUCCCAGCUUCUGGUCCUCUUUCUGCCUUGGAUCAAGACUUGCUGCUUCUAAAAGCUACCUCUGCUGCCACCCUCAGCUGCCUUGGGGAAUGUCUGCAUUUACUACAGCAGGGCAUGCACCAAGUGAGCCACCAUAGUAGUAACAGGUCAUUGACUUCAGAAAGUCUACUAGGAUGGCAUGGGCCAAAGUCUCAUUCCACAGAACCACUGAAAAAUGGUGCCGUUAGUUCUUUGACAUCUGCCAGUGCCAGUCUUUCCUGGGCAAUAGUACCAAGUACAACACAAGAUGGACACAUACAGUCAACUAUAGAGUGUUCAACUCGCGAAUCGAUUCUGGUUGAAGAUGAGGUGACAGAUACUGAAGAUAAUGCAGAGGAUGAUUUAGGAGUUAUGGAUGAUCAGCGGAGCAUAAUUCUUCAUCUCAUCUCACAACUGAAACUUGGAAUGGACCUAACCAGGGUAGUCCUUCCAACUUUUAUUUUGGAGAAGAGGUCCCUGUUGGAGAUGUAUGCAAACUUCCUGGCACAUCCAGACCUGUUUUUGUCGAUCGCAACAGGGACCACGCCUGAGGACAGAAUCAUUAACUUUGUGGAGUAUUACUUAACGGCCUUUCAUGAAGGCCGCAAAGGAGCUGUUGCCAAGAAGCCCUACAACCCAAUAAUUGGAGAAACUUUUCAUUGCUCUUGGGAUGUGCCUAAAGACAAAGUGAAACAAUCCAAAACUAAUUGUGCCUCACCAGCUCCCAAGGACCAUGUCAAGGGGGUUGGCCAGGAUCCAUCUGCGUGCUACAAGCUGAGGUUUGUAGCUGAACAAGUAUCCCAUCACCCACCAGUAUCUUGCUUUUACUGCGAGUGCAAGGAGAAGAAGGUGUGUGCGAAUGUUCAUGUGUGGACCAAAAGCAAGUUCAUGGGGAUGUCUAUAGGUGUUUCUAUGGUAGGUGAAGGUGUUAUCUAUCUACUGGAACAUGGGGAGGAAUAUGUAUUCACGCUGCCUAGUGCCUAUGCACGCUCUAUACUUACCAUUCCUUGGGUGGAGCUUGGAGGUAAAGUCAACAUUCAUUGUGCCAAGAGUGGCUACUCGGCUGCUGUCACAUUCCAUACCAAGCCUUUCUAUGGAGGAAAAGUACACAGGGUCACGGCAGAGGUGAAGCAUAAUCCCACCAAUACCAUUGUAUGUAAGGCACAAGGGGAAUGGAAUGGCAUGCUAGAAUUUACAUACAGCAAUGGAGAAACCAAAACAAUUGACACCGCUAAGCUACCCAUUAUCCGCAAGAAGAUUAGACCCGUAGCAAAACAAGGUCCGUUUGAAUCGAGGCAUCUCUGGCAACAUGUCACCAGCGCCCUGAAAGCAGACAACAUUGUUCUAGCGACAGAGCAUAAGCACCUCCUUGAAGAAAGGCAGAGAGCAGAGGAGAGACAACGGGAAGUUAGCAAUACACCAUGGAAACCAAAAUAUUUUAUUAAAGAGGGUGAUGGAUGGCUCUACUUUGACCCCCUCUGGAAGACCCACUGAUAACACCUGAACUCAUGAGAAGCCUGUUUCCUAGAGGCAUUAAACAGAUGCACUAUUUACAUUUCAGGUGUGAUUAAGUCUUGCUAUAAAUUAAAAGCUGUGUACUGUGAAUAAUACAAUUCUGAACAGCUAAAUGCUCGAGUUUACUGAGAAACCAUUUGGUGUGCAUCUGUAGACUUGCACACUUACUGUGUAUUAUGUAAAAGCCUAUUGUACACACACACACACACAGAGAGAGUAUCUGAUCUUUUGCACUGAAGCC